CAGUGAGUGGGCUGGGCUGUGCUGAGCGCGAAAGGGCCUGGACAAAAGUCAAUAAGCGGGAGGCAACUUUUCCCUCUCGCGACAAUCUUUGUUUCUUCAACCGCAGCUUUUCCUCAUUUUUAACACAACUCAAGACUCUCUUUCACUUCACGUACAUCAAAAUGGGUGGCACUAACCGAGAAGGCGGCAAGGUCAAGCCCUUGAAGCAGGCCAAGAAGGCCCAGAAGGACCUCGACGACGAUGACAAGGCUUUCCUCGAGAAGAAGCGCGCCGACGAGAAGGCUCGCAAGGAGCUUGCCGCUAAGGCUGGAGGCAAGGGCCCUCUCAACACUGGUGGCCAGGGCAUCAAGAAGAGUGGAAAGAAAUAGACGUUUCGCCUGGUUCUAGCGACGAUUGAGCGAAGACUCGAGAUAUCCCUGGAGGCUUUGGAUGGCGUGAGCGCAUCAGACAGACAGCCUGCGUGUUUUUAGGCGUUUUAGACAUUGGCGCUCACUGAUCACAAUAUUUUCGCGCGAUGGCUAACGAGAAAUGAAUUCUAUGCUGACCCAAA